AUGAGUGAGCAAAGCAGUAUAGGUGCUUUAUUCGAAUACUUGAACAAACGAGAUGAAUGUGAGAGUGGUAACGACUAUGAUGGUGAACAAUUUGGUGCUCGUAUUUCAGCCAUUUUCGUAAUUAUGGUUACUUCAGCUUUCGGAGCAUACUUCCCUAUCCUUUCAUCAAGAUAUUCAUUCAUCAGAUUGCCAUGGUGGUGUUUCUUUGGUGCUAAAUAUUUUGGAAGUGGUGUCAUCGUAGCAACUGCAUUUAUUCAUUUGUUGGAGCCAGCCUCUGAUGCUUUAGGAGAUGAAUGUUUAACCGGAGUCAUUACUGAAUACCCAUGGGCAUUUGGUAUCUGUCUAAUGACUUUGUUUGUUUUAUUCUUUUUCGAAUUGAUUGCUUAUCGUAUGAUUGAUAGAAAGAUUGGUGCUAUGAGUGAUGACAUUGAAGAAGGUGGUGCUGGUGGUCACUCUCACUCCCAUUUCGGCGAUGAAUCUUUAUACGUGAAGAAGAAGGUUAAUCCAAAAAAAGAGGAAGUAGAAGACGAUACCGAGUUGGAUGGUUCUGGACACGAGACUGAUAAGCAACUUGGUGCCAACCCAUAUCCAAACCAUUUCCAACAUGGCAAUGAACAUCAAGAUCCAAGUGUAAUGGGAACACCAGUCAACGAUCAAAGUAAAGAACAAUAUUAUGGACAAUUGCUUAAUGUUUUUGUUUUGGAAUUUGGUAUCAUUUUCCACUCAGUAUUCAUUGGCUUAUCAUUGGCUGUUGCAGGUGACGAGUUCAAAACUCUCUACAUUGUUUUAGUCUUUCAUCAAAUGUUCGAAGGUUUAGGUUUAGGUACUAGAAUUGCCACCACCAACUGGGACAAGCAUAGAUUCACACCUUGGUUAUUGGCACUUGGUUACACUGUUUGUACUCCAAUUUCCAUUGCCAUCGGUAUCGGUGUGAGGCACUCAUAUCCACCAGGAUCAAGAAGAUCAUUAAUCACCAAUGGUGUUUUCGACUCAAUUUCUGCAGGUAUUUUGGUUUACACCGGUCUUGUUGAAUUGAUGGCCCAUGAAUUUUUGUACAGUGGGGAAUUCAAAGGUCCUAAUGGUUUCCGUAAGAUGUUGGCAGCUUACUUUGUUAUGUGUUGGGGUGCUGGUUUGAUGGCCUUGCUAGGCAAGUGGGCAUAA